UAAAUGCGAUGAAAUGUAUAAAACUAACCGCAGCCUCCGUCUGACCUCUGUCACCUUAAACGUCCAAAGAAGAGCGCACUUCACGUUAACGGGCGGCUGGAUUUGGCAGCGCAGAUUCACCGCAGCGCGAAAGCAGCAGGAGAACAGCAUACAGAGCAGUUAAUAAAGAUGAAGCCCAGAAGAGUUGAACCCCGCGACAGCAGGUAUGGCUGGGUGGUGGUCGUGUCCGCCUUCUUCACCAUGGGCCUUACUGCUGCCGUUCUCAAAAACUUCGGCCACUUCUUCUUGGACAUCCAGAGUCACUUUGCAGUCCAGGCCAGCACGACCUCUUGGGUGACCUCCACAACAAUUGCUAUGCUUCACCUCGGAGCUCCAGCAGCCAGUGCACUGAGCUUACAGUUCUCUCAGAGAGUAGUCAUCAUGCUCGGAGGCUUGCUGGCUACCUUAGGAAUGCUGCUGGCUUCACUGGACCUCAGUUUACCCUGGCUCUACCUCACCAUGGGCAUCCUGCAAGGAACAGGUCUUUCCUUCGCCUGGAUCUCUGCCAACAGCCUGGUGAGUCACUACUUUGUACGAUGGCGUCCCAUUGCCUUCGCCAUCGCCAGCUCAGGUGAAUGUGUCUUUGUCGUCAUAUUCAGUCCCUUCUUCAAGUGGCUCAUUGAGACAUACACCUGGCAGGGUGCUUUGCUCAUCAUCGGAGGCCUUCAGUUGAACUUGUGUGUAUGUGGUGCACUCAUGAGACCCCUGGAGAGAACCCCGAGUCCUGCACAGGAAACCAAAGACAAUGUAGAGGGAGAUGUUGCUGCACUCCCACCAAAGAAGAGGACCUUCUUCCAGUGCUCCCUCAUGAAAAAACCUGAAUUUUUUCUCUACAUCCUGUUUGCCAUCUUUUCGGCUGCAGGGUUUUUCAUCCCUCCUCUCUUUCUGGUUCCCUUUGCCAGCAGUAUGGGGAUGGAUAACUACUGGCCUGCUAUGCUUCUUUCUGUUCUGGCUUUAGCCGACCUGGCAGGGAGGCUGAUUUGUGGAUGGAUAGCCAACAUGAGGCUGGUGAGGAACCUGCAGCUGCUCACCAUAGUGGCAACUCUCCUCGGUGUGGUGCUCUUGCUGCUGCCCGUCAGCCAAAACUACUGGGCCGUUCUGGUGUUUGCCUCCCUCUUCGGCUUCCUGUUUGGCUGCGUGGUGGCGAUUCACGUCACAGCCAUUGUGGACAUUGUAACCCUGCAGGGAUUUGACAGUGGGCUGGGGCUCUUUAUGCUUUUGAGGAGCAUCGGAGGCUUCGCCGGUCCACCUGCUGCAGGCUGGCUGGUGGAUCACACAAACAACUACAGCGCCGCCUUCUACCUGUCGGGCGUCUGCCUGAUCGCGUCCGCGGCGUUCGUCGUCCUGGUCGACCGCCUGGUUCAGAGGAGGAAAAAAGCUGCGGAGUCUAAAGUUUAUUGUGAAAUCAUCCAGCAGGAGAAGGAGGAGGAGGAGGGCUGGGAAACAGCAAAGGUCAAAUCAGACACUGUUGCACAAGUGGCAAAUACUGAUGUCAGCUGAUAUUUUGUUUAAUGUAUUUUUAUAUAUAAUCUAUAUUCACAUAUACUGAUGUAGAGAGGUAAGUACAUCACGUGAUGUUUUAUUGACAUAUGGACAAGCAAGCAUACCUUACAGAUAAAGGUGGCAUACUUGAACGCAACCACAAAUAAAGAAAAUUCGCUUUUUUAAAUUAUUUGUUCAAAAUUAGAAAUGAAUAGAUGGAUAAAGCAUCAAAGCGGCUCUCUUCUUCCACCUGAACUUUUUGAUUCUUCUUCUAUGCAGAAUUCCUUCAGUUUCAAUAUUUUAGAGGGUUUUUCCCUCAAUUUUGACUAGACCACACUACUGUAACCCUCCUUUUUUGAGAUACCCAUUCGUGGAUUGGCUGCUCGUGGUCAGUAUCCUGUUGAGAAGUCUACUUGCAGGUUAACUGAUGGCCUUGCAUUAUG